UUUUCGCUCCCGUCGUCAAUCACCAACAACUUGUUCUUGUGCUGCCAUCAAUUAGAAUUCGUCAGCUCGACAAAUACACCAUUUCUGUAGUAUAAUUAUCCAAUUCAGCCUUCUUGUUGUGAGCUUAUCAAUCACAACAAUUCCACACUAGUCCACCUUUUCCGUUUUGUGUACCUUCCCGUUGCCUUCAAAUCAGUUCAAGAUGAGCCUCAUCAAUUGCAACCUCCAAAACUUGAUUUAUCAGGCUAGGGCAGCUUCUGAGGCGUCUGCAAGCACGCCCAAUGUUGAUCUUGUGGUCGCAACAGAAGAACCAAGAGGAUUGGAAUGGGAACAAGGGGCGCCACCUGCUCAGAAUCAUUCUGUGCCAUUCCUCAAUGGUUUGAUCAACCCCUGGAACCUUCAUCCCUUGCUUCCAGGGCAACAAGCCUGGAUGCAAGCCUUCCACGGGUUGCAGUUUAAGUUCCUCAUGGAAUAUUUCAUGACCCAAUAUGGAGCCGCCCGAAAUCCCAUCGUUCCAAUGGCUCAGACUCAAUCAGAGCACCAAAGAGAGGACCUGGGGGGACAACUGCUGCCGGAUCCAAUUGUCCCCGCUCAAUUGGUCCCUGCUCCUGAGGCGCCCCUGGAACCUGCUGUCCGAGAAGAGGUAAUGUCCAUUGUGGUGGGCCAACGACGAGCCAGAAGAAAGUGUCCAGGCAGUCUCGUCUUUUACUUGGUGAAUGAGCAAAACGAAAUUGUUGUGGACGAAAAAACAAAAAAGCCCACCGCAAUAUGUUUUAAAUGUUGGAAAGCUUUUGGGGACGAAAAUUCCAUCUAUCGCCAUAUGAAGAUCCACGACGAAACGAGCCGUCAUCAGUGCCCUCUAUGUCCUGGAAUUCACGUUCAAAGAUACAACUUGAGGAUACACAUGGAGACUCACAUUGGCAUGGACGUGAGCCAGGAGAUGAUGGAUACUCUGCCCUCGGAUUUCCGGGGCGUGCUCGAAGGCGAUCCCGAUAUCAUUGCCCCCGACAAGUAUCGGAAGAAACUUGUCAGGUCCUUGCGGAAACGGAUCAAGACCACCAAUUGUCACGAAGCGGUUCAAGUCCUUCGAAAUAGGUUGCUGUUAUUGGAACACGGGAUUACUUGAUAAUAAAUUAUUUGAGCUAUUACUUUGGAUAGAAUAUGACUUGAUUCUUGUCUUGAUUCAAUGAUAACCAGGUUGUACUCAAAAUCAAAUAGAUAGGAUCAUAUGCAUAGACACGACUACAUGUGUAUGGCAGUAUUUUCAGAUUUAUUUUUCCUCGAAUGUUUAUCCUCUUUCGGUGCAAGUUUUUUUCUUUAUUCAGGUUGAGAAAUUGCCGUAGUAGGACGAGCAAGACUUUUUUGAUU